AUGACGAUAGAGAAUUAUGAAAGAGCGAAAGAGUAUUUCGAAGCAGCGGAAGCAAAACUUCAAGAGGAUCUGGAAGGAGAUCUGUGCGACUCAAAACUUUCCUCUUAUGUCAUAACGAUGAGGUACAAUCUCGCUAGAUGUCUCGAACAUUUGUGCUUGUUUGAAGAUGCCGAGGUGCUGUACAAGGGGAUUUUGAGGGAGCAGGAAAACUAUACUGACUGCUAUCUACGUCUUGGUUGCCUCGCACGCGAUCGAGGGCAGAUCUAUGAGUCGUCUGUUUGGUUUAAGGAAGCAAUGUCUGUCGAUCAAAACAACGCUGAUUCUUGGGUACUCAUUGGAAAUCUGCAUAUGUCCAAACAUGAAUGGGGUCCUGGUCAAAAGAAAUUUGAGCAAGUGCUGAACAAGAUGGACAAAGAAGACGCUUAUUCAUGGGUAUCUCUUGGAAAUGUUUGGAUGGAAAUGUUGUUCAAUUUAGGGAGGAAAAAGACAGACGAUCGUAGUUUAGACGGUUGA